UACGUUUCUGAUUAAGAGCAAAUUGUCCCCCGACCGUGAGCCGACUAAUAAUAAUUCUUUUGUUAUUGUUUAAUUACUCAGUGCUUUUGUUAUUAAACCAUAAUAUUAAACGUAUAUUUCGAUUGCAGUUUUGUUAAAAGAAUUCUUAAGAACGGUGACGACGAAAACGACGAUCGAAGCAUAACGAAGAUUAGAAAGGGUUGUAGAAAAAUAAGCGAAACCCACCAUGGCGCUUUCCCUGUUUCCGCGUAACUACGACGAAGUGCGUGUUUUUGAUGACAAGUUAGACGAUCUGGAAUUUAUGAAGAAGCUCAUCGAUUUUGAGAACCUUGAUGAUCCCUUUCAUUUACUUGAUGGAGGAGAUCUUAUUAAAAAGCACAGAAUGUGGGUUGACAAAAUUCCAAGAGUCGCCCCUCAUUACGCUGUGAAGAGUAAUUCAAGUUCUACUGUUAUAAAAACUCUUGCCUCACUAGGUGCAAGUUUCGAUUGUUCAUCAAAGCAAGAUAUCAUGCAUAUAAUGGCUUAUGGAGUACCAGCUAACCGAAUCAUUUUUACGAAUCCGGUAAAAACUCCUUUGCAAAUCAAAUACGCUAAGCAAGUUGGUAUAUCGAAAUUAUCAGCUGACAAUAUGUGGGAGUUAAGAAAAAUAAAAGAAUUAUAUCCCGAAGCUAAAGUAUUGAUUCGCUUUCGCUACGACUUGUCAUCAUCGAGCAGCAGCCACAGUAGUCGCGCGGUAAUAAACACCGACGAGACCAUCCGACUGAUUCGGGCCUGCCGCGACCUCGGGCUCAAUCUCCACGGUUUCAGCUUCCACGCAUACAGCCCAUCGAGCGAGAUGCUCGCCCUUAGCCGAGGCAUCGAUGCCUGCAAAUACCUCAUCGACGUGGCCCGCACCGUUGGCUGCCACGAUAUCCAGCUGAUUGACAUAGGUGGCGGUAUCCCGAGCAGCCUUGAUCUCAACCACGACGAAGUCUGGUCAUACUUUUCCCGACUCCAGAAAUUCUUCGUCUUUAAGGAGCUGCUCUUCGAGUACAAACACUUGAUUUUCUGGUUCAACGAUUACUAUCGCACUAGCUGGAAUUACCGAAAGGUCAGCAAGUUCAGGAGGGUCACCACUACUACCUAUAAACGCACCUCGACCCUGCCCUGGUGAUCAGCUCGGAACCGAGGCGUGGCUGCGUCG